CACAUAUUUAUAUUGUCAAUAGUCAAAUGUCAAAUCUUUAAUCUUUUUAGAUUUGUUGAGUUGUCAUGUAUUGACACAACAUAAUCAAUCCUUAUCCUCACAACACCAAUAAGCUCAAGUAAGCUAUAAAUAGAAGGGUAGAAACCACUCUCCUACAAACGAUCUCUUUGAUAAUCCUUAUUAAUACCAUGGCAUACUCUCUUCCAUUAUUUCUCACAUCUUUACUCUUAGCGAUCUCAAUUUGUCACGCCCAAACCUCGUUUCGACCACGUGCACUUGUUGUUCCCGUUAGAAAAGAUGCUUCCACUCAACAAUAUGUCACCACAAUCCAGCAACGGACGCCGCUAGUCCCCGUCAACCUCGUCGUCCACCUCGGCGGCCAGUACUUGUGGGUCGAUUGCGAUAACGGCUACGUGUCGUCCACCUAUAGGCCGGCACGUUGCCGGUCUGCUCAAUGCUCCUUGGCCAAUGCAAACGGAUGCGGGGAUUGUUUCAGCGGCCCCCGCCCCGGGUGCAACAACAACACCUGCGGGGUGACCCCCGACAACCCCUUUAUCCAGUUGGCCACGGGCGGGGAGCUGGCCGAGGAUGUCGUCUCGGCCCGGUCAACCGACGGAUCGAACCCGGGCCGGGCCGCUGUGGCCCCCCGAUUCCUGUUUGCGUGCGCGCCAACGUUCCUCCUCCGCGGUUUAGCUAGCGGGGCCACCGGCUUGGCGGGCCUGGGCCGGGCCCGCAUCGGGAUGCCGUCGCUAUUUGCCGCCGCUUUCAGCUUCCGUCGCAAAUUCGCGGUGUGCCUGUCGUCCUCGACUAGCGCCAACGGCGUCAUUUUCUUCGGCGACGGCCCGUACAACUUCAUCCGCGUCCCGGCGCCCCUCAACCCCGCCGCCUCCCUGGCCUUCACGCCGCUCUUUGUGAACCCCGUGAGCACGGCGGGGGCGUUCUCGCAGGGCGAAGCUUCGACGGAGUACUUCAUCAAGAUCAACUCCAUCAACGUGAACAACAGCCCCGUCGCGAUCAACACCACUCUCCUCGACAUCGACGGCGAAGGCAACGGCGGCACCAAAAUCAGCACCGUCAAUCAGUACACUAUUCUGGAGACCUCCAUCUACAGAGCAGUCGUGGAUGCGUUCUCCCGAGCCACAGCCGGAAUCCGGCGCGCCGCAGCGGUGGCGCCGUUCGAGCUCUGCUACGACAGGGGCAGCGUGGGGAGCACGAGGGUGGGGCCCGGGGUGCCGAACAUCGACCUCGUGCUGCAGGGGCAGAACGCGGUGUGGACGUGGACGGGAUCCAACUCAAUGGUUUCGGUAAACGACGACGUUUUGUGCCUGGCGGUCGUCAACGGCGGAGCGAAUCCGAGAACCGCCGUGGUGAUCGGUGGGCAUCAGAUCGAAGACAAUCUGUUGCAGUUCGAUUUGGCGGCGUCGAGGUUGGGAUUUAGUAACACGCUUUUGGGCCGCCAAACUACGUGUGCUAACUUCAACUUCACGUCCACUGCUUAAGAGAGUUUCGAUAUUCCUAUUUUUUAAAUAAAUGUGUCAUCAUCACAUAUAAAUAUACAUAUAUUAUGUAUAUGUAUGUAUGUACCUGUGAUGUAUAAGAUGAAUAAUUGGAUGGAAUAUGAUAUGUUUUGAUUGGUUU